AGGAACUCUGUUCUAAGAACCAUAGUCUUGGGUCCUGAGCAGACGAAACCAGAUGAUGAUGAUGCUUCUGGAGACCAUGGGGACACUGCCAGUCUUGGUGCCAUCAACCCUGCCUAUAGUCACUCCUCACUUCCACGGUCUACAAAGCAGUCACAGGACCCCUUCACCACCUACUUAGAUGAGAAGAUUGCCAUUCCUGAUGAGGAGUAUACUUGUUUUAGCUUUCAGAAACUUUGGGCUUUCAUGGGUCCAGGCUUUCUUAUGAGCAUUGCCUACUUGGAUCCAGGAAACAUUGAAUCUGACUUGCAGUCUGGAGCAGUGGCUGGGUUUAAGUUGCUCUGGGUCCUUCUGUUGACCACCAUUGUGGGUCUCCUGCUCCAGCGCCUUGCAGUUAGACUGGGAGUGGUCUCUGGGCUGCAUCUUGCUGAAGUAUGUCACAAGCAAUAUCCAAAGAUCCCACGAAUUAUCCUGUGGCUGAUGGUAGAGUUGGCCAUCAUUGGCUCAGAUAUGCAAGAAGUCAUUGGCUCAGCCAUUGCCAUCAAUCUCCUGUCUGUGGGAAGGGUUCCUCUAUGGGCUGGAGUUCUCAUCACCAUUGCAGACACUUUUGUAUUUCUCUUUUUGGACAAAUAUGGCUUGCGAAAGCUAGAAGCAUUUUUUGGGUUUCUCAUCACUAUUAUGGCUCUCACAUUUGGAUACGAGUAUGUUACAGUGAAACCCAGCCAGAGCCAGGUACUCACGGGCAUGUUCGUGCCAUCCUGUUCAGGCUGUGGCAUCCUACAGGUCGUGCAGGCUGUGGGCAUCGUGGGAGCUAACCUCAGUCCACACAACAUCUACCUACAUUCUGCCCUAGUCAAGUCUAGACAGAUAAAUCGGGCAAAUAAACAAGAAGUUCGAGAAGCCAAUAAGUACUUUGUCAUUGAAUCCUGCCUUGCUCUUUUUAUUGCCUUCAUCAUCAAUGUCUUUGUCAUCUCAGUCUUUGCUGAAGCGUUUUUUGGGGAAACCAACAAUCAGGUGGUUCAAGUCUGCAAAAACAGCAGCUUUCCCAGGUCUGAUGACCUCUUCCCUGAUGAUAACUUGACACUGGCAGUAGACAUUUACAAAGGGGGCCUUAUGCUGGGAUGCUACUUUGGGCCUGCUGCACUGUACAUCUGGGCAGUGGGCAUCCUGGCUGCUGGACAGAGCUCCACCAUGACAGGAACCUAUUCUGGCCAGUUUGUCAUGGAGCUUCCCUUUGCUCUCAUACCCAUCCUCACAUUUACAAGUUUGCGGCCGGUUAUGAGUGACUUUGCCAAUGGAAUAGGCUGGAGGGUUGCAGGAGGAAUCUUGGUCGUUGUCAUCUGUUCCAUCAACAUGUACCUUGUAGUUUCUUAUGUCCAGGGACUAGGGCAGAUGGUGUUGUAUGUGGUGGCUGCUCUGAUCAGCGUGGCUUAUCUGAGUUUUGUGUUCUACUUGAGUUGGCGAUGUUUGAUUGCAUUGGGCAUGUCCUUCCUGGAGUGUGGGUGCCUGGUAAGCGUCUCUAAAGUCCUGCUGAAGGAAGAAGCCACCAGUAGUCACCAAUGA